AUGUCUACUGAUGAAUCUGAGGGACUUUCCGAUGAUCAGUACUGGAGUUCACUUGAGAACAUUACUUUUCCUUAUGGAGACGACGAAUCAUCUACUCCCUGCAACAUCAAUGUGCCUGGAUUUAACAGCUUGGGCCUGAUGAUCGUCUACUUCAUUGUGUUUGUUUUCAGCCUCUUCGGCAACAGCGUAGUCGUCUAUGUGGUCUGCAAUAUGAAGAAAGGCAGAGCCAGCACAGACAUCUACUUGAUGCACCUAGCGCUGUCAGACCUCCUCUGCUGUCUCACCCUGCCGUUCUGGGCUGUGGAUACGCACUUUGGUUGGCUCUUCGGCAGCUUCCUGUGCAAACUCUUCUCGGGCUUUCAGGAGGCCUCAGUGUACAGCGGCGUGUUCCUGCUGGCGUGCAUCAGCGUGGACCGUUACUUUGCCAUCGUGAGAGCUACACGUGUGCUGCCCUCCCAUCACCUGCUGGUCAAAGUGGUGUGCAGCAUUGUGUGGCUGGUGGCAGCAGCGCUGGCCUUACCUGUGGCCAUUAAGAGGGAGAGCAUGUACGACAUGGACCUGGAGAAGUUCGUCUGCUAUGAAAACCUAACUAACGAAAGCAGUGACCAGUGGCAAGUCAGCAUACGUAUCCUGAGGCAUACGAUGGGCUUCUUCCUGCCUCUGCUGGUCAUGGCGGUCUGUUACGGCUGGACUGUGGUGACACUGUUCCACACCCGCAGUCAGCAGAAGCACAAGGCCAUGCGUGUCAUCCUGGCAGUGGUGUUGGCAUUUAUAGUGUGCUGGCUGCCUCAUAACGUCACUGUGCUGAUUGAUACACUUAUACGAGGCGAAACGAUUCAGGUGACGGCCUGUGAAACUCGCUACAGGGUGGAAGUAGUGCUACAUUUGGCCACGGUGUUGGCCUUCAUGCACUGUGCGGUGAACCCAGUGCUGUACGCCUUCAUUGGGGUGAAGUUCCGUAACCAGCUGCUCUUAGCUCUCUACAAACAUGGCUGCAUCAGCAAGAGGCUCCAGAUGGCUUACAGAAAGAGCUCUGCCAGCAGUAUCAGAUCCAGAAACACCUCUGUCACUAUGUGAACCAAAAGUUUGAAUGGAGGAUUAGGUGGCGGCGAUUUUAAUUUCUACCCUCAGGUGGCUAAUUGUUGUAAUACAACCUGAAAAAAAUAAGAAAACUAAUAUUUGUGAGAAGGUGGUUAGCACUUUCACCUUGCAGCUAGAAGAUCCCCGGUUUGUGUCCCAACCUGGGCCUGGGAUCUUUCUCCAUGGAGUUUAUAUGUUCUCCCUGUGCAUACAUGGGUUUUCUCCAGAUACUGCUUCUUCCCACAGUCCAAAAACAUGCUGAGGUUAUUUGGUCAUUCUAAAUUGUCUGUAGGUGUGAAUGUGAGUGUGAUUGUUUGUCUCUAUGUGUAGCCCUGUGAUAGACUGGUGACCUGUCCAGCGUGUCCCCUGCCUUUGCCCUAAGUCAUCUGGUAUAGACUCCAGCCCCUUGUGACCUUAAUGGGGAUUAAGUGGUGCAUAGAAAAUGGACGGAUGGACGGAUGGAUGGAUGGAUGGAUGGAUGGAUGGAUGGAGGGAUG